AUGGAGAUGGUUGACAGUAAUGGUGAAAGUAUCAUCACCAGUAGUCACGAAAGCGAAAUCACCAGUAGUAAUGAAACUGAAAUGUAAAUGUAUUUUGACUGAAAGCAGAACUCUCCUUUCUUGAUGGAAUAUCGAGGCAAAGUAACAGCAAGAAGUGUAUUUAGCUUUUCUUUAGUGUCCAGAAAGUUUUGGUUAAUUAUUUCAUUACUUCUCCAAGAAUUGGGUUUUUACUUAUAAUCGCUCCCAUCAUGAUUUUUGUGUGAUUAAAAUAUUUCCAUUGUGAGCACUUUUUCAAAGCUCAAAAAGGUGCGUUAAAAUUCACUACCAUCCAGUAAAUUAAAUAACAGACUGUGUCAAUUUCCACCAGUUUGUUGGGCAUUUCGUAUCACUAUUUAUCAACAGUUUUCAUGCGUAUUGUCUGACUGAAAUGGCAGUAUACAUCGAUUUUCGUUUUGCUUUUACCUUGUGGGCUUUCCGUUGCUUGGCGCGGUUUUGGAACCUUUGCUAUGCAAGAUGUGAUAUGUUGAUGUUCUCUUUCUAGGAAUCUAACAAGGAUUACGAAGACGACAAGCGUAUCCCAUACCAAGAGAAAGGAAGAAGCUCUGCAUAUUCAAGUGAAGAGGUUGUCGACAUUUUGAUGAGAGUAAAAGAGCCUGUCUGUACCAAAGUGCCAUUUCAGGUUAUGGAAAACACCUCCUUUUUGGUUGAUUUAGACGCCCUUGUCCAUCCGCAUGAUUGUAAAGCUGACGAUCUUGGCAAGUAUCAUACUCGUUCUCUGAAAAGCUACAUUUCCGUCGACCGCAACGUGAGUGGGGAUAUCUUGGAAAUGAAGAUAACGAGGCAAAAGAGAAACGACGCCGACUUCAUAAUGGUUGUCAAGCACUAUCAUCAUCAUGACAAGGAAGCUGAAUACUAA